CAGGGCUGGAUCCAGUUCCGCACACCACCAUGGGUCUACCCAUGACCAGUCAGGACACGGUUCUGGACACUCUGGUACCCAUCGAGGGCAGCAAGCCCAGCAUGGGCACUCUGAGCACUCCCAGGGACACUCAGGCUCUCAUGCCAGCGGAAGACAGGGAUCUAGUCGUGGACGGUCUGCAGACACCUCUAGACAAUCAGGCUCACAUCAUGCAGAGACAUCCUCUCGAGGACACCACGCCUCAUCCCAUGGGCAGUCAGGAUCGAGCUCAAGAGGAAGACAGCAAUCCCCGCAUGAUCAGUCACCUGACAGCCACAGACACUCGGGCACUGGACACGGACCAUCGUCUUCAGGGUCCAGGACAACCAGACGUCGGGGGUCCAGUAGCAGUCAGGCCAGCGACAGCGAAGGACACUCUGAACAUUCAGGUAGACAAUCUGGCUCAACCCGUGACAGGGCUGGAUCCAGUUCCGCACACCAACCAUGGGUCUACCCAUGACCAGUCAGGACACGGUUCUGGACACUCUGGUACCCAUCGAGGGCAGCAAGCCCAGCAUGGGCACUCUGAGCACUCCCAGGGACACUCAGGCUCUCAUGCCAGCGGAAGACAGGGAUCUAGUCAUGGACGGUCUGCAGACACCUCUAGACAAUCAGGCUCACAUCAUGCAGAGACAUCCUCUCGAGGACACCACGCCUCAUCCCAUGGGCAGUCAGGAUCAAGCUCAAGAGGAAGACAGCAAUCCCCGCAUGAGCAGUCACCCGACAGCCACAGACACUCGGGCACUGGACACGGACCAUCGUCUUCAGGAUCCAAGACAACCAGACAUCGGGGGUCCAGCAGCAGUCAGGCCAGCGACAGCAAGGCUGGAAGACCUAAAUCCAGUCAUGUGGGAUUUAGAGGCACACCUCUAUAUGGAGAAGACUUUUCAAGGUCCAAUACAUCAGAUAGUUAUAUAAACCCUGUGAUAUAUGGUCAGUCGAGUGAUAGUUUAAAGCAGCUGGGAUUUUGUCAGUCUCAACAACACUAUUAUUAUGAGUGAGAGACAAUAGAAAUAUAAUUAAUUCAAAGAGUAUGAGAAGGAACAACACAAAUUUGAAUCAAGAAUGUUUCUUUAUACUUUCACAGAGGUUAUCUUCUAUUAUCUUUUUAACAUAUUAUCCUAUUUCUCUACCUUGGUGAUUGUUUCUUCUCAUUCUCUGGGAAGGUUUUAUCUUUAUAACUAUAAAAUGAUGAAUGGAAGAAAGCAAUGUUAUGGACAGAUAAAUUAUGAAAUGUAUGAGUAUUUUGGUGGACGGGUUUAUGUAACCUUUUUUUGCGGGAUUAAAAUUUAGAACCUGUUUGAUUUUAUACUAUAAUCUUUGCCAAAAAUAAAAAGUGGAGUCAAAAUUAUAGAAACAUAGUUCCAGAGUCCAUAGCUGCUAUACUACUAUCAUGGCUCAGUACAUGUGCCUCUAUUAUGCAUCUAUUGGAACUGUGUAUUAUUCUGUACUCAUUAAAAUC